AUGCUUCGAGUGAGUACCGCGGGAUUUCGAGGGUCCUUUAGGACGUUUGUGAGAUAUCACUCACAUUCACACGGCCAUUCACAUACACACGCUGCCAAUGCCUAUCUGCAAACCACUAAUCUCCGAGACCCCGGUGUACGGAUCACGUGGAUCGGCCUUUUGGCCAACGUUGGAAUGGCCGCAGGUAAAGGUGCCGGCGGCAUCAUUUUCCACUCGCAGAGCCUGAUUGCCGACGCCAUUCACGCAGUUUCAGACUUGGUCAGCGACUUUUUGACUCUGGCCACGGUGUCUGUAGCAAAAAAGCCCGUUACCAAGGCGUUUCCAAACGGCUAUGGUCGCAUAGAAACUAUGGGCGCGUUUGGUGUGGCUGCGCUGCUGCUCAUUGCCGGAACAUCAAUGGGAUACUCUUCAAUUCUCACCAUUGCUGAAUUUGCACUGGGCACAGAGUCAACUUUCGUGCACUAUUUUUCCAUGCUGCCAUUGGGCCAUCAUGACCAUGGGAAGCCGCUGCAAAUGGCCGAAUGGAACGCCAUGUGGAUCGCACUGGCCUCCAUAGGCAUCAAGGAGGCGCUUUUCCAAGCCACAAACCGCAUUGGCAAAAAGCAGAACUCUCAAGUACUGAUUGCAAACGCCUGGCACCACCGAGUCGACUGCCUGGCUUCGGCUGUGUCUGUGGCUUCUAUUUCCGGCGGACAACUUUUAGGCUUGACAUGGCUGGACCCGUUCGGUGGACUCAUUAUCUCCGGCAUGAUCAUAAGGGCGGGCAUUGCUCCGUUGAAACAAGCAAUAAGCGAACUUGCCGGAAACACGACGGUCGCCAAUAGCUCAGACACCGCCGAGAGGGUGCAGGACGAGGCAACUCUCCUGGUCGAACGCCUGCUGCCUGGGUGGCAGCUCGAGCGGGUGUUGCUGGAACAGUACGGGUCGAACUACGUUGCAACUGUGUUCAUCAGCUCGCCGUCCAAACGCACCGCGCUUGGUUAA